AUGGCCCCGGACAUGUGGCUCGUCUCCGUGAUGGCCGGACUGCUGACCGCAGCCCUCUCAGGCCCCCUCACGCCAGCCCAGCCCAGCGACGCCAACAGCAGCCUCACGCUGAGCUGGCCCCAAGAUGAAGGCGGCGGAACCCCAGCGAGCUCUCUCAUGCCAGGGCCGCGGCUGGGGGUCCGUCUGGUGAACGGUAGUGACCGCUGCAGCGGGACCGUGGAGGUGUGGCGCGCGUCGGCCUGGAGGCCGGCGUGCGGGGCGUCCUGGAACCGCAGCGCCGCCGAGGCCGUGUGUCGCGUGCUGGGCUGCGGGGGAUCCAGGAGCCCCAAACCGCCUCCGCCGCCGCCGUCGGGGCUGGCCGCGGGCAACGCCAGCGUGGCCCCCAACGCCACGCGCGGCGCCCUGGCGCCCGCCGUCCGGUGCAGCGGCGAGGAGUGGCGGCUCUGCGAGGUGGUGGAGCAGCCGUGCGGCGGGGACGGGAGCCCGGCCCAGGUCACCUGCACAGAGACCCGAGCGCUGCGCUUGGUGGCGGGCGGGAGCCCGUGCGCGGGCCGCGUGGAGAUGCUGGAGCACGGCCAGUGGGGCUCGGUGUGCGACGACACGUGGGACCUGGAGGACGGCCACGUGGCAUGCGGGCAACUGGGCUGCGGCUGGGCCGUCCAGGUCCUGCCGGGCUUGCACUUCCCGCCGGGGCAAGGGCCCAUCCACCGCGACCAGGUGAACUGCUCCGGAGCCGAAUCCUUCCUGUGGGACUGCCCCGGACUGCACGGACGCGGCUACUGUGGCCACAAGGAGGACGCGGGCGUGGUGUGCUCAGAGCACCAGUCCUGGCGGCUGACCCGGGCUGCAGACCCCUGCGAGGGGCAGGUGGAGGUGUACUUCCGGGGGAUGUGGAACACCGUGUGCGACAGCGAGUGGUACGAGCCGGAGGCCACCGUGCUGUGCCGCUCCCUGGGCUGCGGCACCGCGGCAGGCCUGCCCAGGGGCUGGCCGCACUCCCUGCCCGGCCAGAUGUACUACUCGUGCAAAGGCAGCGAGGCCGCGCUCCACCACUGCACCUGGCGCUACAACAACUCCAACCUGUGCAGCCAGUCGCGGGCAGCCAGAGUCCUCUGCUCAGGGGCCCGGAGACUGCUCAACCUGUCCACGUCUGAAGGGCUCACCAGUGCUCAGCCGGUCACCAAAGAAUCUUCCGUGACGGUGAUGACCUCCAAGGCCUGGGACUCCGGGGAGCUGAGGCUGCUCCUCCCCUGCAUCGUUCUGGGGACCCUGCUCCUCUGCGCGCUGGUCACCAUCGCGGCCCUCCUCCUGCGGGGGAAGGGAAAAUACGCCUUCCCCGAUAUGGUGAAUCACCAGCACCCGCCCGCCAGCACCCAGGCAGGGGUCAAUAGCUACUCCGACGUCCCCAACACGAACCCCAAAGAAGAAGUUCCCCUGCUGCCCGUGCAGGUGCCGGCGCCGCCCUCGGACUCGGGCUCAGACUCUGAUUACGAGCACUAUGACUUCAGCACACAGCCGCCCGUGGCGCUGAGCACCUUCUACAAUUCCCAGCGCCACCGAGUCACGGAGGAGCAGGUGCGACAGAACCGGUUCCAGAUGCCACCCGUGGAGGAGGGUGAGUCACAGACGGGGGCUCCCCCCACCCCCACCGCCUCCCUCACCCUCCCUCCCUGCCUCUGCCCCGCAGACACCCCUUCCCUGGGCCCCCAGCGCCCGGCCCGGGGCGGCAGCAGCUCCAGCACCUCUUCCGGCGAAGGGUACUGCAACAGCCCCCACGGCCCCCACGGCAGGCGCCCUCCCUGGACCCCCAGCACAGACAGGAACCCUCUUCCGGAGCAGCCCCCCAGUCUGGAGCUGGCCGGCUCCCAGGGGACCUUUUCUGCAGGCCCCUCGGCUGAUGACAGCUCCAGCACCUCCUCUGGAGAGUGGUACCAGAACUUCAAGCCCCCUCCCCUGCCCCCUGGAGAGGAGCAGUUUGCAUAUCCAGGGUCUGCCACUCCCCAGCCGGGGUCCACCGACAAUGAGGACUAUGACGACAUCGGCGCAGCCUAG